GUAGUUUUUUACCUACCCUUCAGAGUCGCUAUGGGGAAAAAAAUACCUUUGCCCGUUACCUUAAGCUGCAGGUGCUGUUUCCGUUCCCCGUCAACCGAAAUGAUCCAUUGAUAAAACCUCAACAAGACCCGGCCCUGGACCCUUCGCCUUGCCGCUCGCUGUCUUUUUCCUCCCCCCUAACCCAAGCCCAACUCUUACCUUUACCUCGGCGCGCAUUGUCGAAGAAGAGAGAGUGUGUGACCGCGAUAUUUCACUCACUUCUUCUUUGCCGGCUUUGGCUUUCCCACCAUCGUUUCUUUUUUUCGGCAUCUGCUUGUUGAAGCAAAAGUCGCAACACUGCGCUACCCCCCGCCAUUAUGGCCUCCUUCAUCAACUCGACCGUGAUUAACACGGCCUUCAACCACACCCAGCCCUACUUCAGCGUCUUUGAGGAGGUCUCGAAGUACAAUGUCCAACUCAACUACUUCGAGCGCCUCUGGACCGCUUGGUAUCUCUGGAUGCAAAACGACACCCUCGCUACCGGCAUAAUGAGCUUUGUCAUGCACGAGACUAUCUACUUCGGCCGCAGUCUACCCUUCAUUAUCUGCGACCUCAUCCCCUGGUUCCACAAGUACAAGAUCCAACCGCAAAAAAUGCCGACACUCAAGGAGCAGUGGGACUGCGCAAUGGUCGUCCUCAUCAGCCACUUCACCGUCGAACUGCCCCAGAUCUGGCUCUUCCAUCCCCUCGCCACGUGGUGCGGAAUGGAGUACGGUGUCCCCUUCCCUCCUCUCUGGAAGAUGGCCAUGCAAAUUUCCAUCUUCUUCGUCGUGGAGGAUACCUGGCACUACUGGUUCCACCGCGCCCUGCACUACGGUCCCCUCUACAAGGCCAUCCACAAGCAGCACCACUACUACUCGACCCCUUUCGGCCUCGCCGCCGAGUACGCCUCGCCCAUUGAAGUCAUGCUCCUCGGCAUCGGCAUUGUCGGCACGCCCAUUUUCUGGCUCACCCUCACCGGCGACCUCCACCUCCUGACUAUGUACGCCUGGAUCGUCCUCCGCCUUUUCCAGGCCAUUGACGCCCACAGUGGCUACGACUUCCCCUGGAGUUUGCGCCACAUCCUGCCCUUCUGGGCCGGCGCCGACCACCAUGAUCUCCACCACGAGAAGUUCAUCGGCAACUACUCCUCCAGCUUCCGCUGGUGGGACUACUGCCUCGACACCGAGGCCGGUGUCGAGGCCCACAGGAAGCGUCGCGAGAAGAAGCUCAAGGCCAUCAAGGCCCAGAAGACCCAGUAAAUGCGCCAUGUUUCUUUCUGGCUCGGCGCCCUACCGAGACGACACGCGAAUGUGCCGAGGGGAGCACGCUCAUGGGCAGUGCUUCGAGUGCAGCUCUGGAUACCGGUUGAGCACCUCAUGAUACGACGUAUAGAAGCGGCGGGAACGGGAAUCGCAAGGACGCGAAAUGGCACGAGGCUCGACGCCGAGGCCAUUAAAGUCUACGUAAUUACUCAUUGGAGCGGCGUUCGAAGAGGGAUUGAUGGUUGUGCAAGGGGGGGAAAUGACGAUUUAUGCGAAUUCUGCCGUAUAUAAUAGGAAGGCCACCCAGACAAAUGGCAUUACAGUAGACUACUUAAUUACAGCACAAC